GGACUAGCUAGACCUGAAAAUAGAGAGAAACCUCCUCGGUUGUGUUGCGCCGCCUCAUAAGACAAUAAGAACCUCCACUUGCUGUCCGACACCGUAGAGAGAUGGCGGAGACGAAAAGGAAGAAAACCCUAGCUUCUACAAACAGUUUAAAGAGAAGAAAGGGAGGAGAUAAAGAAAAGAACUGGAAAAAGGGUCCCCAUUUACCCAACGCAUUGCAAAAAGAGCUUAAUUCCCUAAACCCUACAGAUAGAAGCGACGAAGAGAUCCACUCCGAUGACGACAUCGAUGUUUAUGAAUACGAAGAAAAUAUCCCUGAGGAAGAGUCGAAGAAGAACCGCAGGUACGACCCCGUUGAUAACUUCGAGUAUGAACUCCCCAAGGAUUUCGAGGAUGAAGAUGUAGCCUCUGAUGAUGAUGAGGAAGAAAAGGGAGACAGUGAUGAGUACGAUGAGGAAAAGCAUGCAAGGAUGUUACAGGAUAUUACUGGACUGCCUGGCGAUGCUUUUGAAGGCAAGAAGAAGAAAAAAGAUGUGGUAAUAUUUGAGGCAUACCCGGAGUCUGAAUAUAAUCCGAGCCGUGAUGUGUUGGAUGGUGAUGGGCGCAUUACUGUUGAUGACCUUCUAAAUCCCCUUCAUGGGAAACCCGGAUUCAGCAAAAUAAGAAAAGAUGUGCAGCGAAUGGAUAAAAAGUCCAUGUCCAUACAGCCUCCUCUUCCAAAACCACAGCAACAAAAAAUAGAUAGGAGAAGUGCUUAUGUGUAUUCAAAAAAGAAACUUCAUGAAUAUGAAGCAUUGGUGAAGAAAAAUAGAGAAGCACCAACCAUCUACUUUGAUGAAGACAUAGAUGUGGGAUAUUCCACUGUAGGGGCAAUAGCUUCUGAGUUUAGGCCCAGGACUGAGUUUGAGAAGAAAAUGGAUUCUUUAAUUAAUGGUAAAGAACUCUCAGAGGCACAUAAGGGUGAUGGUGCAAGGCUUCUACAACUUAACAAGGUGUCUCUAGAAGAUGUGAAGGAACGCCAGGACCGACUUUCUAAAAUGCGUAAUCUUUUAUUUCGUCAUGAACUCAAGGCCAAAAGGAUUAAACAUAUAAAGUCCAAAACAUAUCGCCGUUUGCUGAAGAAAGAUAAAUCAAAAGCCACUGAGAUUGAAAUGAAUCCGGAAGCUGCUAAAGAACUUGCAGAGAAAGAGGAAUUUAAGAGGGCUGAGGAACGUAUGACUCUAAAGCACAAGAACACUUCUAAAUGGGCUAAGCGCAUUAAGAAGCGUGGUGUUGAUGUCCAAGAUGAUGGAACACGGGCUGCUAUAUCAGAACAGCUUCAGCAACAUGCUCUUUUAACUCGAAAAAGGAAUUCCAUGCAUGAUGAUGAGAGUAGUAGUGAUGACAGCACAGAGGAUGAUGAUGAUGACAUCUCAGGAGAUGAGGACGAUGCAUCCAAACUAAAAUUGUUAGAGAAUGGAAAGAAUAGGACACUUGAAGUGUUAGGGGAAGAUGAUGAUGAUGAUGACAUGCCCAAAUCAGGAGUCCUUUCUCUACCUUUCAUGGUUCGUGGGCAGAAGAAGAAAAAAGAGGCAGCCGAAGAAGAAGCCAGGCUUGCUUUUCAAGACUAUGAUUCAUCGUUGAAGCAGUUGGAUGGUGAUGAGGAUUUCAAAGACAAUGCAGGAGCUUCUUUGAGUGGUAGAAAGGUAUAUGGUGGUGCACAAAAGAAACAGGUUCCACAGUCCAAGAAGAAGGUUAAGGCUAACACAGAUAAUUACUUUGACAAUAUGGAUAGUGAAGAUGAUGAUGAUGAUGAUGAUGAUGAUGAUGAUACCAUGGAUAAACAUGGGAGAAUGACUUAUACACAGAAAGAUGUCAAUAUUGACCCUAAUAUUCUUCGAGAGGAGUCGGAGAUCGGGCAUGAUCCUUUGUUUAAGAGCUUUGAUGAUAUUGAUAAAGAUGAAGGGCCUAAGAUCGAAUAUGAAGUUUCUUUGUCCGCAACCAAUUCUUUAAAGAAGAAGAGGAAUAGGAAAGAUUGUAAUCAGAUAAAAGGCAAGAAAUCACAGGUUGCAGAAGUGGCAUCUGACAUAGAGGAGCAGCAUGGAGAUGAUGAUGAUGAAGGUGGUAUCGUGGAUGGAAUCAUAACAUCGGGGACGGAUUAUGAGUUGCCAUCACAGGAUGAUCUGAUAAGACGUGCUUUUGCGGGUGAUGACGUGGAGGAAGAUUUUGAGAUGAGCAAACAAGAGAUAUUGAAUGAGGAAAACCCGGAGCCUGAAAAGCCGGUGUUGCUUCCUGGAUGGGGGCAGUGGACUCAUAUACAGAAAAAGAGAGGGCUGCCGUCUUGGAUGUUGGCUGAGCAUGAGAGAGCCAAAAAGAAGAGGGACCAGGACCUCAACAGAAGACCCGAUGCACAUCUUAAGCAUGUAAUCAUAUCCCAAAAGCUUGACAAAAAGGCUGAGAAACUGCAGACAAAGGUGUUGCCAUAUCCAUUCAAGGACAAGGAGCACUUUGAACGGAGCAACCGUAUGCCUCUUGGUCCAGAGUUUAACCCUGCAACAACAAUCGGCUCACUUAAUCGCCCCGACGUGGUGAAGAAGCCUGGUGUCAGCAUAAAACCAAUCAAGUUAAGGAAGCAUCAUUGACUGACUUGAACAGAAACAUCAUCAUGCCAAUCAGUUUUGACUUUUGAAUGGGAUCCAUCAGAUCACCUGUAAUUGUAAUUCUUUCUCUCGCUUAUUUUUGCAGUUUCUCCGGAUUUUGACAUGAAAAAACUACAAGUUAUGUAAUCUUUUGAUUUGUUAAGUGAGUUGGAGCUUUUAUUUUUGC